AUAAGAUAUUAAACGCACAUUGUGACGUGUGGGGAGCCAUGUUAAGGUGAAAGUGUUGUUACAGCUGCUGCAUCACAUAUUUUGGUGUGUGGAGGUUGUUGACGGGUGUGCUGGCCACCCACUGGCAGAUAUAAGCCGCCCAACCACCCACUGGUCAUGAUCAACAUGUGGAAAGUCAGGGAAUUAACUGAGAAAGUCACCAACAUGGUGAUGAACUACACAGAGGUGGAAGCCAAAGUUCGAGAAGCCACAAACGAUGAAGCUUGGGGGCCAACAGGCCCCCAAAUGCAAGAAUUGGCACAGUCAACAUUUUAUUAUGAACAGUUUCCUGAAGUUAUGGGUAUGCUGUGGAAGCGAAUGUUACAAGACAAUCGAACUGCAUGGCGACGAACUUACAAGUCUCUCUUGCUGCUCAAUUACCUAGUUCGUAAUGGCUCCGAGAGAGUGGUCACAUCUGCUCGGGAACAUAUUUAUGAUCUGAGGACAUUAGAGAACUUCAAGUAUAUAGAUGAGCAUGGCAAGGACCAAGGACUCAAUAUUAGGGUGAAAGCAAAGGAUCUAAUUGACUUCAUACAAGAUGAUAACAGGCUGCGGGAAGAACGUAAGAAGGCUAAGAAAAAUAAGGACAAAUAUGUUGGUGUUUCUUCAGACUCCAUGGGAUUUCGCAGCUCUAGUCAGAGUGAUUGGGAUAAUUGGGGAAGCAGUCGAAGAAAACAGGAUGAAUCUGAGUUAGGCUCACGUUUUGAAGAUUCACCAAAUGUGAGCGGUGAUGAAAUUGAAGAUGCUGUAGACCCAGUUAAUGAAUAUCGUGAUGAUGAGACUAGUGCCAAGCCUGUUACAAUAUCCUCCACUACAACCAAAGCAUCAAUAGCACCGCCUGCAAAAAAAUCUUCCAAACCCUCAAAAAUGGUGGAUUUAGGAGCAGCAGCAACUUUUGGCAAGGAUGCUUCACAGCAGCCACAGUUGCAAACACCUUCAAUACAAACACAAAGUAAUGCCCUGUUGGACGACUUAUUUGGGAAUCCAACCAGCAAUGGUAUGUCUAGUCCUGCAAAAGCCUCUCCAAGUGGUGCUGAAGAUGAUUUUGACCCCAGAGCAGGUGAAGUCAGCAGUGAAAGCAGCAAAGCAGAUUUUGGUGACUUUAAUACAGCAUUUGCAAAAAAUACAAUAGAUUCUUCAGGGACUGAUGAUUUUGCAGACUUUUCAUCAUUUUCUCCUGGAACAGCAGUGGCUGGUGGUUCCUCAAAUGCUUCCUUGUUACUGGGAAUAUCCCCAAAUCCAGCAGCCUCUGCUUCUUCCACCACUACCCCUGCAGUAUCUGGGACAACAGGUGUCCCUUCCAGUAGUAGCAUGGACCUGCUGCAAGGUUUAUUAGCACCUGUUACACCCUCCUCCCCUGCUACUCCUUCAUCAGCUAUAAUUUCCCCAACUGGUGCUAACACUGACAUGGGUGGUUUUGUAGGUGGGCUGACAGCACAUGUACACCCACCAGUGACCACAGCCACUGUCAUGCCAGUGGCCACUAUGCCAGGUAAGCUCAUUUGCAAGACUUAUUAUUUAUAACACAUUUGCUUGCCUCUAGUUUUU